GUUCAGGUUCCCGAGCACAAACAUCAAGAUAACGUUUACUGCCCUGUCCAGCGAGAAGAGGGAGAAGCAGGAGCCGUCUGAGUCUCCGGUGAAGGCCGUACAGCCGCACAUCUCACCCCUGACCAUCAACAUUCCAGACACCAUGGCCCACCUCAUCAGCCCUCUGCCCUCCCCAACAGGAACCAUCAGCGCUGCAAACUCCUGCCCCUCCAGCCCCCGGGGAGCGGGGUCUUCAGGGUACAAGGUGGGCCGAGUGAUGCCAUCUGACCUCAAUUUAAUGGCUGACACCUCACAGCCUGAAAAUGAAAAGGAAGCUUCAGGUGGAGACAGCCCGAAGGAUGAUUCAAAGCCACCUUACUCCUAUGCACAACUAAUAGUACAAGCAAUUACAAUGGCUCCUGACAAACAGCUCACCCUGAACGGAAUUUAUACGCACAUCACUAAAAAUUAUCCCUACUAUAGGACUGCGGACAAGGGCUGGCAGAAUUCAAUUCGCCACAAUCUCUCUCUGAAUCGUUAUUUCAUCAAAGUGCCACGUUCCCAGGAAGAACCAGGCAAAGGCUCAUUCUGGAGGAUAGACCCAGCCUCUGAAAGCAAAUUAAUAGAACAGGCUUUUAGGAAACGACGGCCUAGGGGCGUGCCCUGCUUUAGAACCCCUCUGGGACCACUCUCUUCUAGGAGUGCCCCAGCCUCUCCCAAUCACGCUGGAGUGCUGUCUGCUCACUCGAGUGGCGCCCAGACCCCUGAGAGCCUAUCGAGGGAAGGUUCGCCAGCCCCCCUGGAGCCUGAGCCUGGCGCCGCACAGCCCAAACUCGCUGUCAUCCAGGAAGCCCGGUUUGCCCAGAGCGCACCAGGGUCACCUCUGUCCAGUCAGCCAGUCUUAAUCACCGUCCAGCGGCAGCUACCACAGGCCAUCAAGCCUGUCACCUACACUGUGGCCACCCCAGUGACCACCUCCACCUCCCAGCCACCCGUUGUGCAGACGGUUCACGUCGUCCACCAGAUCCCAGCGGUAUCGGUCACCAGUGUGGCCGGACUGGCCCCAGCGAACACGUACACUGUCUCUGGACAAGCCGUGGUCACCCCGGCAGCCGUGCUGGCCCCUCCUAAGGCAGACCCCCAGGAGAACGGAGAUCACAGGGAAGUCAAAGUGAAAGUAGAACCUGUCCCCGCCGUUGGCCACGCCACGCUCGGCACUGCUAGCCGGAUCAUUCAGACGGCACAGACCACCCCAGUCCAGACGGUGACCAUAGUACAACAGGCACCUCUAGGUCAACACCAGCUACCAAUAAAAACUGUCACACAAAACGGCACUCAUGUGGCAUCAGUCCCCACUGCGGUCCACGGCCAGGUGAACAAUGCGGCGAGUCCUUUGCACAUGUUGGCAACACACGCAUCUGCCUCGGCCUCCCUGCCCACAAAGCGGCACAGCGGUGACCAGCCGGAGCAGCCGGAGCUGAAGCGGAUCAAGACAGAAGACGGCGAGAGCAUUGUCAUUGCCCUGAGUGUGGACGCGCCCCCGGCAGCCGUAAGGGAAAAGGGUGUCCAGAACUAGCGACUGGGAGAGCUUUUCUUUAACAGUAUCAACUUUGUGGUGCCAAAAGGAGACGUGGCCUCCCGCCAGCACUCGGGGGUGCAGGGCCCUGUGGUUGGACUUCACCUCCCAGCACUGAAAACACAAAACCCAGGUGGCCUUAACACUCCUUAAUUUAAAGACAGAAGUCACACUUGAGCAAAAUCCACACACAACAAAACCUGAUUUGGGAGAGUCUCACCUGCUGGGCUGCCUGUGGGCUCCGCUCUUACCUACAAGUGAAACUGUCCUCCCGCGGGGACCGGGCAGCACUGUGUGAGGACGGCAUAGUCAGCACCUGCUGUGAGUGGCUCUCCCAGGACUGGGCCCUCAGGACGCGGGGGCAGCCGUCCCCGCCGCCCUCAGGAUCCACCAGGCAGCGGAGACGUGUGGAAUUAGAGUAUUUUGAGGUGUCCUUUCUUUACAAAAUAAUGGGGUCUUGGGCAUUUCACAUCACUCCAUUUCUCCUCAGACUUUCGGAAUCACACAGGCCCUUUCCGUGGAUUUAUUUGGGGAAAAGAAACAACGUAGUUUUGUUUUUGUUUUCAGCCUAUGGAAUGAUUUCCUUGUCUGUCUUGUUAAAGUUCAGAUGAAGCUACUUUGGCAUCUGCACAUUUCCGUGUUACAGCAGCUGCCUGAUGAAUUUUAUCCACCUCCCUUUCAGCGUGUGGCUCGCAUGGACAGGUGGACGGACACUGUGGCCACAUGGAACCCUGAGAACCCAGGGACGAGCUGGUGCCGGGAAGGAACUGCCGGGACUCACCGAGCUGCACUUAACUGUUCUCUUUCUGGCAACUUUUCGUUGUUUGUUUCUUUGUGUUGACUUUGUCCCUGGCAAAAUUUUCCACUCUAAGUAAAAUAAGUCUCCUAAGUAUUGUGUAUGUUUAAAACGACAGAACCAUUUCUACUUAAUUUGGAAAAAAAGAUUCAGUCUUUUAUCAUAGGCCCUUUUGAAACUCAGCUCCCAGGUCUCUCCGUGGUAUGUUUGUAUUUGGGGUGUCACCCCCGGCCCUGGGCGCCCUCUGACCCGCCGUGUACUCCCCACCUUUGGUGAGCGGCCGCCAUGGUGAAGCGGGUCCGAGCCACAUCCUGCAGGGGAUGUCCGGGGCAUUUCCUGUUUUGUGGUAGGAAACCUCCCUGACCUUUCAGAACUGAACCCAAUCCUGAGGCUGACGACUCCUCUACAGAAAAUGAGAGGAGAGGGGGGUGAGGGAAUGAGUGGGAGGUGCCCGCACCUCCUCGCCCGGCUCCUCAGGAAGAAACCGCUCGCCUUUCCCGAGUGUGCCGGCCGAGGGCCGCGGCCUCAGCCUGAUGCUGAGCUUUUUAAUGUCAUCAUCGUAACAUUAUUUAUUUAAAUGUAGUUAUUUUGGUAUUUAAUUUUUUUUUUUUAGAGGAAAAAACCUGUAUUUUCGUGGUGGGAUGAAAUUGGGAUGAAAUGGCUCAGAACGGUAUCUUUAGGCAAUUUUAAAGCAUUUAUUAUUUACAUAAAGACCAAAUAUUGUGAAUCUGUUCCGUGAAUUGUGUCGGCCCUCAGCGUGGGGCUGUAGCAGCGUCACUGUGGUGACAAACAUUGAAAGGUAUGAAAUCACUGCACACUAGCUGGAUUAUAACUCAGCCAUGUAAGAAAUAAAAGCGAAACCGUCACGUGACUGAGACCGUGUGUGUGACCGCAGCAAAUCGCAGUGUGUGGAUGGAUCAGAGCCCCUCGGUGCAGCUGUCUGCAUCUUCCAAGCACUUUACAGAUACCUUGGAAUGUAUAUUUUUGUCUUACUCAGAAGGUUUGCAGUUUGUAAGAUAAUUAGGAUUCUGCUGUGUCGUGUGUGUGGAGUCAGGUCCCUCCACAGAGGGCUCCAGCUCUGUAGCUCACAGCUGAGGGGGUUCUCUGACAGGAGACCAGCUCUCGAGCUCUGAGUCAAGGAACAGCUAGGUCACCGGGGAGCUUGGCGUGGACAUCAAGCAAAUGCAUCGUAUGUCCCCUUGGAGACGUUUUUACGCAGCUGUGUAUGUUACUAUCCAGAAGGAGUCGGGGGUGGACUUUCCCAUGUGAGCUCAGUCCAUAAACUGGUUACUUCUGAUCCUGGAACGUGGACUUUACAUGACAGGUCUGGAUCUGUUUCUCUUGGGAUCACAGGUAAGGAAAAUGCCCAACUGUCAAAUGGUAAAGAACGGAGGAGGGUUUUCGUUUUGUUUUGCUGUAGGCGCCAUUCUGCAUCUUGAGCCAAGACUGAAGUGUGCCUGUCACAGACGGGAAGACGCUCCUGCCGCCUCCUCACUGCCACGUCGCUUGGCUUUUUCAUUGGUACGUAGGAAUUAAAGAAUAUCGAGGUGAGAGCAAGAGCAAAACCACAGAUGAGCAGACUGCCACAGCCCGGGUUUUCUUGCCAAUCUUUAAGGCACUGUUUCUAAAUCUGGAACUUAGCUCUGAAGCUCCAGGAACUCGAGCACGGCAAGGGUUACUGAGCUGCCGUGGCCCCUGGUGCUGGAGCUGCGGCACCUUCGGGAGAGGUCCGGUGUCAUCCCCAGCUGCGUUGCUGUGAGCUCCCAACUCUCCACUGUGUUCCUCAGUGUCUUAUUUUCAGGAAGUCUCUUUGACCUUUGCCCAACUUCUGAGCACCUCAGGGACUAGAAACUUAAUUUCAGUAGCUUUGCCCUGAACCAAACAAGAAAACAAAAGGGAACUCCCGCAUGACCCACGUCACGUGGUGCCCUCGGAGUGUGCGCAGCAGGUCCUCGGGUUGCUCCUCUCGCUUCAGUAGAGUGCGCUGUGGACAGCUGAUCUCCUUCAGUCGUCUACCCACUUCCGUCAGUGUCCUCCUAGAAUAACAGUAGUUGGUCGUCACGGCCCUUCGGUCAGUCUGCCCACUUCCGUCACUGUCCUCUGCUAGAGUAACAGUAGCGGGUCAUCAUGGCCAGAAGGGGGGUGCGGGCAGUGUCAGGACUUGCGGUUUCUGUGCUGUGUGACACAAGGAGAUAAGUGACAAUCUUAGUCCUAACUUCCACUAUUCUAGAAAGUAUAGUGGUGAUUUAUGUGCAAAGAUUUGAAAUUUUAAAAGUACCAAGUUCCUGAAAUUCAAUAAAAUAUUUUUAUUAAUUUUACUGGAA